AUGCCCGGUGCCCCCGUACAGGUACUUGGCGCGCGUCACGUGGGGCAGGAUCUGUUUACAAGCGGCGGUGGCGCUGCGGCAACUCAGCGCCGGCCCCGCCCCGCGGCCUCCAGGAGCCCCGCCCCCCGGCCGCGGGAAGCCUUCCCCAUUGGCUGUCGCCGCGGUUUCUCCGGCGGAGGAAGACAGGCGGAACCUCACGUCCCGCCCCGCCCCAUCUCCGCCGGCCACGCUCGCGGUCUCCCGCCCUCCCUCCUCGCGCUCCCGCGGUGGGCGGGGCGGGGCCUUCGAACGUACGACGCGGCCGUUCGGGCGCCGCGCGCUGCACGCCGGGAAGGGCACGUGCCGGUCGGAGCCGUUAGGCUUUGGAGGGCGCGGCUGGUUCGGGCGGUCCGGGGGAGGCGCGGCGGGGCCGGGCUGCUCACCGUGCAGUCGGCCUCCUCUUCCGCCGUGCCUGCGCCGCCGCUCGCCAGGGCACACGGUCUCUGCGGCGGCGCUGGCUUUGGCUGCCGCGGCUCCGGCCUUUCAGCCUGGCUCAAGAGAAUUAAACAUGGAUUCAAAAUUUCUCAUCAGCUAAAGGAUCAGAGUCUUAGUAUUUCAGGUGACAAGGUUUUAGCAACUGAAGAACUACUGGGAAGUGUCUCUGAAGAAAACCUGAGCUGUCUGGAGGGAAGGGAAAUGCUGCCACACUGCUGGCCAGGACAUGACACUUCAGCACAUGAGGAUCCCAUCACUAUCGUGGAAACUAUACACGUGAAACGCGUAGUUAACCUCACCAACAAGGCUGUUGGAAGUAGCAGUUACUCAGCCAGUAAGCUGGAUUAUUACAUUUUAUAGAGCCAAAACCUUUUGAGAGCCACAGGCAUCCUGUCACUAGUGAGCUGAAACGUAAGGUUAGGAAUUUGAUUGAUGUCCUAUUUUUUUUGUAAGAACCCAAUCAAGCACCAGAACUUUUGAGGCAGGAAGUACUUUGAGUCAUUUCUGUCCCUGGGCAGUCUUGAAGCAGCAAUAUUUAAUAAGAUCCUGAAUUAGUAAGCCAGUGAAGAGUAGGUUUGCAAAUUUCUGGGAGUCACUGUGUGCUUUUUCUGCCUUACAGUAUCAUUUCACUGAGCCUGUGUCUGCUGGUUCUCAGAAGUGAUCUCACUUCAGGUUGGUGUUGGGAGAACAAGGAAACUGCAGCACAAAAGGUAGCCUGCCUGGACAGAUCCAUACGUAAUAAAUGCAGAACCAGGCUGAUGAUGGGAUGAAACCCUAUGGAACUGCACAUAUGUACUUACUUGCACAUAUGAGGGGUGGAUUAGUAAUUGCUGAGUGUGUAAGGUUGGGUCCUCUGUGCAUUGAAUAACCUGAACCACUGCAAAGUGAUCUCACCCAGUGCUGCCUAGAUUGUCUUUUAUAUGCUGGUGAUGUGAACAAGAACAGAAAUACUCCUCUAAGUGUUUGUACAAACAUUCCAGCAUCUAGUGUGUGACUCCUGCAACCUGUGGCAGACUGAACUGAAAUUAUACCCUUCUGUGUGUGAAUCUUCAAGCACUUUGAAUAAACUAGCUUUAGUACAAAGCCUUUUUGAGAAAACCUGGUCUCAUCUGUAAAGCCUGAUUUAAAGCUUGAUCAGUUCCAAACAACUGCUGUUGUAACAUGAUUUCUGUCCAAAGACAAGACUAUUGUAUUCUCAGUUAACCAGCUGCACAAUUCCUUACAGUAGUCAAGAUGAAGGGGGAGGAUAUUCAAUACCGUGCUUCAAAGAACCACAGGCUCACAAGUAAUUUUAGGUGUCCUGAAAUUGCUAUUAAAUAUUGUACUUAACACAGCUAUGCUGGACAAGCAUUUUUAAUAGAUUUCUGUUGACAGUAUGAUUCAAAUUUUGAUGUGGGCAAGCCAAAUAGCAAUGCCUGUUUGCUGUUAGUGGGAGUCUUCUUUCUAGCAAAAGUCUUGAGAGUAUUUUUGAGAGUAUGCCUGUGUGAAGUGAGACAAGAAUCUGGAUGCACGGAAGCACCAUUGACUUUGUGAUGGCUUAGUAGCAAUGCAACAUCCACCCAAAAGCAUACUUUCUAGUAAUAGUUGUAUCUGCACUUGGAAUUCUGAAAGUGCCUGCCCUUAACAUCUCUGACAUAAGAAAUUGGGGAUACUUUCCAAGGACAAGGAAUUGCAUUGUACAACAGAACCAGUAUAGCUGCAGUGCAUGUAAUAGCUCAUCUAUUUUAUGGAGGAAAACUGUAUACUUUGCAUAUUUAUGCUGGCUCUAAACUGAAGAAUUUUCUGCAGCCAAAUAUUAUUGCAGUUGUAGAACAUGGCAUUAAUACUGUGUGGUAAGCUUUACAAAUGUAUGAUAAACUGAACAUGUAAUGUAAUCUCUUGCUUACUUCUGAGACGACCCAGUAGUUUAAACAUAAAUCUGUCUUUCCUUGAAAGGAAUAAUUCAUAAAAGUUCAUAUUCUCUGUUUUAACCAAAAAAGUACACUGGCCGCGUUAGAUUUUCUGUUUAAGUGAAAGGUAGAGUGAACUUAAUGGAGUAAGAAUUAUGUUGGUAAUACUCAGGAAUCCCUCUUUGAAACUUGAUAUGAUAGAAAAAAAGAAGUUUCCCAUUUAAACUUGUCACUGUAGUGGGAAAACUCUCAUAAGAAUUUACUAAAUUGCGUGAAAGUUAUCAGAAAUCUCUGUGGUAGAUAAAAAAAACAGUCGCAAUGAGAGAGGCAAUUGGAGCAAUCCUGUCUUGCAGGCUGAGUGAGUUCAGAGUGAUGGUGUUUGCAGCUCUCUUUAGUGGUUUACAAAACAAUUUCUCAACUUGUUUGUUUACAGAAACCAUAUUCUUAAGUGCUCCACCCAAGUGCAUGGGGACAGUGAAAAUGAUCCUGAUGACAGAAAGAACAAUUUGUAGCUUUGAGAAAUAGAGGUUUUUUUAAAGUCCUUGUUUUUUGUCUCAAGCGCAAAAAUACAAUAAAUGCUUAUAAUGUUAAAAAAAAACCUCAAAACAAAACAAACCCUCAAACACCAAAAAACCACAACUUUUUAUCAUGCUUCAUAUAUCAUAAUUACACAAAAAUUAUUUUAUCAAACAGUUCCCCAAACAUGGUAUCUUCUUCAAGGAAAAGAGUGAAAAAGUCCAUAAUAUUUUGAGAUUCCUCAAAAUACUGAUCUAAAAAAGUUUACUUGGCUCUAAAUACAGUGUACUGAGCUGUACAGCAAUAUCAAGACAGUAGUGGAGCAUAGGAAGAUAUUAUUCAAGGAAAGAGGAAGCAAUAUGUUUAGCCACAUCCACAAUUCAACUUAUUUGAGAACAUUGUAAGUAGACAGGGAAGCCACAAACCACAGAACAAGCAUUGAGUUAUAACAGACAAUAUACCUACAUGAAUCUAAAAAAAGGAAAUUAUAGUUCCUGUGACAGUGACUACAGUCUGCCUUCUGAUUAAUCAGUGGAACAUAUGACCAGAAUACAGUUCAGAUGUUUUUAAGUAGCCUUACAUGUUCCAAACUCUCUGUCCCUCAUAUACUGAUGAAAGGGUCUAUAGCCUGACAAUCAUGGUCUGUCUGCAAGAUCACACCAGGCCUAUACUAAAAUAAUUUGAAUGUAGGGAGAAAGAUUGACCUGAAGAAAUCUGGAUUACGUUUUGAGUGAAAAAAGUGGGUUGAAGACCACUUAGCUUUUGACCACUGUAUUGGGUUUAUGUGGGCUUUGGUAGUGGGGCAAGCUGCAGGGGUGACAUCUGUGAGAAAUGGCAGGAAGCUGCCCCCAUGUCCAACAGAGCUGGUUCCAGCCAUUUCCAAGAGGGACCCACUGCUAGCCAAGGCUGAGCCCAGCAGUGACAGCGGUAGUGCCUCUGUCAUAAUGUAUUUAAGGAAUGACAAAAACUGGCGCACAACCAGCCAGGAGGGAGGAGUGAGAAUAUGUGAGAGAAACAGCUCUGCAGACACCAAGGUCAGUGAGAAGGAGGGCAGGAGACUCUCCUGCAGCCCAUGGUGCAACCCAUAGUCAGGCCAGCUGUCCCCUGUGGCCCAUGGAGGUCCAUGGUGGAAGAGAUACCUGCCUGCGGCUCACGCACCCCCUGCUGGAGCAGGGUAAGACCAUGAGGAGAAAGGAGUGGCAGAGGCGUGUUAUGGACUGACCACGACCCCCAUCCCCUGUCCCCGUGCGCCACUUGGGAGGAGGAGGUAGAGAAAUCAGGAGUGAAGUUGAGCCCGGGAAGAAGGGAGGAGUGGAGGAAAGGUGCCUCUACAGCUGUUUUUAUUUCUCAUUAUCCUGCUCUCAUUUGAUUGGCAAUAAAUUAAAAUAAUUUCCCAAAGUCAA